CUGGAGAUUGAAAGAUGUCACUGGAUAAGCAUGGGAAGUAGCUGUGCUGCAAAAAUUUCUCUAGGUGUGAAGCUUUUAGACAACAGCAACUGUUUAAUCUGUUGUGGAUUCUGAUUACAACAAUAAAGCACUUCAGUAACAUGUGGUCUCCAUAUAAUGUACCAAGUUAAAAAACAAAAAUGCUAAAUUCAUAAAUAUGCACAAAUUAUCAUGCCAAUUAAGGCUUAGUUCUAUGUGUGAAUAUUUGAGUUGAUUUUUUAAGAAACAACUUUGGAGAUAAAAGUUUAUUAUUUUUUAAACUAUAUUAAAUGUACAGAAAAGAGCACCAAAAGCAAAUUAUUGACUUAAAUGACAUAACUCAAAGUUUAAAUAGAAUGAAAUAACCAAAUAAAAAUUGAACAUGAUAAUUAAAAUUAAAUAUAACAUAAUGCAAACAUAAUAAAAUAACGUCUGGAGUGACCCGUUCUCAGUCCUGUAUAGGACAGAUGAAACAGCAAGAAGUGGUCAGUUAAAAAUAUUCUUCUACUUCUAUACCUCAACCUGUCUGAUGUGAUGUAACUGGCUCAGGUAGGCUGAGAGUACAAUGGUGUACAAAUCUGAUUGGCUGAUGUCCUAAAACUGAGAGGCUUGAACUUGAAAGACCCAGAAUCAGAUGAAAAUUUUGUAACAUCUGGUUCUGGAUUCUAUCAUGAUAGGGUAUACCAAUGGAGUAGGUGAGGCAUUUUGCAUGCUGGAUUGAGUCAGUGUUGUGAUAGCUAGCCACAGAGUUUCAAGAGGUUUUUACUUGCCAGCAAAUUAAGCUAGUUCAAAACAAGCAACAAAAUCUUACUCAAAAACUGAAAUCACCAUUCUUUUUCAAAAUGCCUUGAAAGUUCAUUAAGACUUUGUUCCACCAGUUUCUAAGCUACAUUUCCCUGAUUAUGACAUAUUUUGAAUGAUGAUUUAUAUAAGUGUAUGCAGUUCUCACUAAAAUGAAAGCUGUACUGUAUAAUUUACCCACACGUGAGUGUAAACUAGCUGCUUCAUGCAAAAAUCUUACAGUCAUUCCUUUUGUUUUGCUUUUAAAUGCAAAUAAUUCUUUCGUUAUAAGAUGUUGUGCAUGGAAGUACUAAAAACCCCCCUAGUCUGUUGAGCUUAAUUUAAUUACUACAAAAACUUUCAAACAUUCACAUCUGUUCCCCACCUGGUUACUAAGCUGACUGAACCAAAGUAAGAAACUGAACCAAAUUUAUGUAUUAAAAGACAAAAUGCAUGCAAAAUUUAAAGGAAUAACACUCUGUUGUUGGUCACCAGGCACUAAAAUCUAAUGGUAUAUAAAAAAAUGUAAGUGAAGUCAGAGGUAAUCAAGUCUUUUGGAAAUAGUUAGGGCACAUGGGGUAAAUGUUGUCAAGUUUGUAAAAGUGCACAUUAUUUGUCAAGCAUCCAACCACAGUUAAAGCCAUUUUCUCAAUGUAACUUGCUCUCUGGCAUUAAUCUAUAUUUCUACAUUGUUUCUUUGAGUCAAGCCCCUUGCUGGAUUGUCUGCCAUGUGAGAAGAAAAUAAAGAGAUAAGCAGCCGAGGCACAAGCCUUAUCUAUGUUUGCACUUCCUUUUCAUUACUUGGUCACACUCAGUCUGACCUCUUUAUCAAUAUCACAGCCACAGCCUCGAUAUCCAUGUAAUUAACAAAGUGAUAAAUACUAGUCUCACUUAUAGGUACCUUUGAUUGGGACAUCACAACAUUAAAUGGCAAAACUGCAAAGUGACCCAUUCUCUUUCUCUUGGUGUGUGCAAUUACUCUUCUGAUAGACUAGCAUAACUCUACAUGGACCACAGAGUGAGAAGCUAAGGAGGUGUCUACACCAGAGAUAUCCUGCCGGAAAAUACCGUAGGACAGAAUACUAUUGAAUGCCCAUUAGGCUUGUUUCACUUUCUAGGGAGCAUGCUCUAUUCAUGGUUGUGACUUCUGCCUCUCCAAAUAGUGGAUAUUUUGAGAGAUCCACAGUUUAACUUCCUUUGUAUUCGUUUCUUGCCUCUCUAUAGUGGACACAGAGACUAAUAGGUGAAAAAUGAGGCAAAUGUUUUUCAAGAACAUCCAAAUGUCAGUCACACAAAGUGGCACAGACAAAAUGACAAAAAUUAGUUCUUGCCUUGUAACAUUCUUGGCAUAUUAUAUUAUAUUUUUCCUUUUAACAGUGUCACUUCAUGCAGAAACAUCCAUAAGCCCCUCUCUGUGCCAGGGAAAUUGUUGGUGCAUGAAUAUCAACCGCUCUGUGGACUGCUCUGGUCAUGGACUUUUUCGUCUACCCCCACUAUCCAGCCAGAUUAUAAAGCUGGACCUUUCAGGAAACUUACUUGGCCCAAUGAUCAAUGGAUCCUUUGGAUCCUUGACAGAGCUACAAGAGAUUGAUCUUUCAGGAAACAUGCUCUCACGCCUGUUGCUAUGCACAUUUGCAGGGUUACUGCAUCUUCGUCAUGUGAAUCUUCAUGGAAACAACCUAAAAAGUCUUCCUUCCGGUCUUUUCGCAGACAAUGACCAGCUUGAAAGUUUGGAUCUAAGUCACAAUGAAUUUGAACAUUUGCCUGAUUUGUUACUGCACGGUAUUCCAGCUCUUCAGGUGCUGAAUAUCUCUCACAAUCAGAUCACACAGCUGAAACUGGGUCUUCGCUUCCAGCCUCUUACUCGUUUGCACAUUCUUGACUUCUCUCACAACCGUUUCUACAAUGUGUCUAGCGAUGCCUUUGAGAUGGCUAAGAACUGGGAACCAUUGGUGCACAGAUCCCUGGACAUUUCUUAUUGUCAGAUAGAAAACAUCGCAUCAACUGCUUUUCAAGAUAUUCCUGGUCUUACUCAUCUCAGUCUUGCUGGGAAUGAUCAACUUCCUUUCCAACAAAUUACUGACCUUUUGAAAGAGCUUGAAAACUCAGGCUUACAGUCCAUAAAUCUUUCCAACAUGUCUGUAUCUGAUCCAGCCCUAUUUUCUACUGUCACCCUCAUGGCUCUUCUUAAACUAGAUCUAUCAAAAAACUUAAUCACAAGCAUACCCGCAGGAACUUUUGGCAACAUUCGCAGUCUGGAAUAUCUAAAUCUUAGCCACAAUCUUCUGCAGCAGAUGGAUGAAGGUCUUGGAGAUAUGACUAACUUGGUGGACCUCAGUAUUUCCCACUGCCGGCUAAUGUCAUUUAAAGGAACCCAUAUUAAUGGGCUGCAGCGCCUGGAAAUAUUAGACCUUUCCCACAACUUUCUCUCAGAUCCAGCUGAUGUGGACCUUUCUUCUUUACAGAAGUUGAGGAUUCUAGAUCUCAGCUUUAACAGGCUGCAGGCAUCUGUGUUGCCAGGCAAUACACAGCAUCUUGUGGUUUUGAGUUUUGCAUCAAAUAACUUGACCAGUCUUUCUUCAAUGCCAAAUAUGCAAAGUCUCAGGUUCUUUGAUGCAAGAAAAAACAACAUUCAAACAAUUGGCCCAUUUCUCUUCACUGAGGCAAAUGGAGUAAUUUCAGCUAAUUUCAGUCACAACCAGCUCACUGAUGUUGACCAUCGUGCUUUUCUUCCACACUCACCGAAGAUAAUUGAUUUGUCAAGCAACAGAUUGACUAAAACAGAGUUCUACAGUCUGACUUCGACAACUGAGUUGUAUUUACACAACAACUACCUGAAGGAUUUGGAUCAACAGACCUUCUAUGGAAUGGAUCGCUUGAAUAUUCUUGAUCUAAGCUUAAACAAUCUCUCGGUUAUUCAAGAUCAGACCUUUAAGUUUCUGCGCAACCUGAAGAUCCUCCGUGUGUCAAAUAAUAUCUUGCAGAUGCAUGAUUUCUCUCCCCUCUUUCAUUCUCUUCAAUCUUUACAAGAACUUGACUUAGGUCAGAACAAAAUAAGUCUCAUCAAUGCCACAUCCUUUCAAGGACUGUUUAGUCUGACCUCACUGUCUUUAAAGCUAAAUGAUAUCAAGGUCAUGCCAGCUGAGCUUUUUGACAGUUUAGAAAAUUUAACUGAACUUGAUAUCUCUGGGAACCCUUUUGACUGUGGCUGUGACCUACUCUCCUUACAAGAAUGGUUGAAGACAACAAAAGUAAAAGUUAAGCAGCGAUUUGAUUUGAACAUUACAAAUACCUGCAAAACUCCAGUUAAGCAUGAAAACAAACUGGUAACUCAUUUCUCAGUAGAUCAGUUUGAAUGCAACACUAAAAUGCUGUACCUAAUAGUAUUUGGUUCCAUAGGUGGUUUUGCAAUCAUCAGUGGACUCGUUGGCAGUCUUCUCUGCCAUUACUGCCGUAGGCAGCAAAGACACAGGUCUAGAAAAAACUUUGACAGAAUAAAACAAGAGAAGCAUGAAAAACAACAGAAGCAACUAGGAAGAGUUAAUACUGCGUACAGAUCCAAGCAUACAGACAUUCUUCCAAAGCAAGAUCUUAUCAAUGGCUGGAUUGUCUCUCAGCGUAUGGACUUUCCUAAAAAGCCUACUGAUCUUGCUCAUCACAAAGAAAGUUUAUCUCCUUACUGGAAAACUCCUCCGCUAUCAAGGCCCACAUACCAUACUAAUGGAGGGAUUGACAGGCUGCAGAAACGAAAAGAGUACAGAAAAGAUAGUCACUACUAUAUCCCUAAUGUAAGAUAUGAUUCACUAUCCCAAUCACCUUCAAAGAUGUUAAUGGUUCAGUCUCCCUUUCAAGGCCAAUGGCCAGUACAACAGACUCAUCCAAUAGCCCCUCCAAUGGUAAGGCAUGGCCAGUACAAUGAAGCUUAUCACCAUACAGACCACAAGCAACCCUCAGAGAGGAUGAACACUCUUGCUACAUCUUACCAACGCUUACCAAGGGAACUGUCAACAUAUCGUCAAGAAACUGAUGGCUACUUCACACUUCCUUACGUAUCUGGAAGGCAAAGGCCUCCAUAUGGUCCAUCAUAUCCAUAUAGAAUAGUGUAUAAUAAGAACACAAAUCCACAAAUUCACUCUUCUCGUACUUUUCCCAAGCCACCUCAGUCAGGACGAGGGGACAUUACAGUUAGGGAAGAUCACAGUAAUUGUGCUGAUGAGAUGUUUAGGAAAACUCGUCAUGACAAUCAUGGCCAACUAUCUGCUGGUGAAGCAAAUGAAUUUGAAAAGAGACAAACAAGAAAUGCCGAUGCUGCAUCCCAAAAGCAAGAUGAAGAAAAAAAAAAUCUUUCUCAUAAACGGUGGGGACUUCCAAAGGAUGACAGCUCUAUUAAGCACAACACUGUAAACAGCAGAAUGAGUGACAGAGAUGCACCAACUAAAACUUUACCAAUGAAACGUGGAAAAAGUGAGACCAGAAUAAAUGGACACAGGCGUGACGCAGAAUACCAACAUGCGAUGGAGAAUCCUGUUGUACCAAGGACACUUUCUUCGCCAACUUUGCUGGGCAACAAAACCUCUGACUGGUUAUAAUUUGCAAAGAUGUGCAAGAGCAAAUACUUUCUGCUGGAAACCCUUGCUUGUACAGCAGAUCUGGUUUCAAAGAGAAAAGCAAUGCAAGGGAAUCUGGAUCAGGUGACCUAUACUUGUUUGCUCCUCCAGGGAUUAGUAAAAGUACAGCUUUGAAGAAGGAGUGCAGAACAUUUUAAAUAUAAUUAAAUUUUGAAAUUUGCAUAGAUCAACCUUUUCUAUCCAAGUCGAUCAUGACAUAGCAAUUUGAAAAUUCAAAAUAAUUAGGUGUAUCCAAUGGUCUUUAAAGAAAAAUGUACAGUUACACAAACCACAUGGUCUUCAUACUGUCUAGUCAUGGAGCCACUGAUUCAUUAAAUUCAUUCAUCCCUUAAACUAUACUAGCAAUAUGGAAUAUAAUCUACCCAUACUGGUUGUCAGGGUGAACUGGAUAGAUGCCGUGAUUGACAAGGCUUGCAACUUAGGCUUAUCUUGAACAGCAGCAAGCAAAUCUUGCAAAGUAUAGCCGGUUCAUUUCUUCAUGUUCAUGUUUCCAGCCAGUGUUUUGUGUGUGCCUUGGCAUCAACCACCUUCCAGGGUACCUUGAUGGGUGAGAGUCCUGUGCUGAUUCAAUGUUACCAUAUUAGGGAUGGGGGUUUCUUGAUGGCUCACCUAGGUAAUGACCAUGUUCCAUUUAGAUUCAUAUUCAUUUGUCGUGCACCACAAAGAAGAUUUGGAGCAAUUUCUUGAAGCACUUGGUACUGAUUGCAAUCAUCUGAAAUUUACUUUACUGUUAUUUAAUGCUUGUCAGGAUUUUCAUGAAUUUUAAUCUCCCUUUCUCAUCUGAUCACUGCAUACUAUAUAUCCCAAAACGGAGGAUAAUAAAACACACUGCCCCACCAUCAAAGGCAGGCUUGAACUUCUGCACAAAAAUAAGAGAAAGAACUCACUGCGUGUCCUGUUAAUGUAGCCAACCACGCUGAAAAAAAGGUGGACAAGCCAAUAAAGUGUUCUGCAUCUGAAAGUAGCUGAAAGGUAAUAUGACUUUUAUACUAAGGGUGAGCUCAAUACUGCAGUAACCAAGGGAUGACCCAAAUGAAGAUGUCUAUUGAACAGCACACAAACAUUGGUCCAAAAACCCAAGGAAAAAUAUUGUCACAAAUAAGUCUUUAUUGCCUAAGCCACAGCCUUCACCAUAUAAUUGGACAGUUUACGACAGUGGACUCCAAAGGAGAUCAAACAACAACACAGAGAAGAAUGUCCCACCCCAGGAUAGUAGGUGCCACAGUUUGGCGAAACCAACAAUCAAAAAGCAACACAGAUAAUCACCACUGAGAACAGAUAUAAUCAAUCCAACAAUGGAUGCCAAAGGCAAAGUUGAUCCAACAAAAAUGCAAAAGACCUCAUGCUCAAACUUAUGGAGGGUGUGCUUUCCUAUAGGCUGCGUUUGGAAUUCACUCAGAUUUAAUCUCUUAUGUUAUCUGUGAACAAAGUUUUUUUUUUAAAAGUACCGAAAACUUUAUUAGCAUACACUAGAAAUUGCACUACUUUUACCCCAUCAUCAUUGUUAACAGAAAUGUUGGUUUUAUCACAUAAAUUUUAUUUACUCAAUUAAUUUGCCACAGCAUCUGUACUGUCAGUUUGCACUCAGCAGGCAGCUAUGAAAAAAAUGCCAUUACAUUAAUAUAAUUUUCCAAUAUGGGAAAAGGAAAAAUUUUGGUAUGGAAAAAAGUACUUUUUACCUUCAUACAAUUGUUUGAGAUUAAAGACUUUUUCUCCAGCUUAUAUUCAGAUGAUGUAAAAAUCAUUUUCAAACAGACAUUGUAGCCAUAUAGAAAAAUAGGUUGACUAUUGUACAUUAUUGGCUGUUGUAUAUCAUGUACACAGACAGCAGUAGAAGUAAUGAAGAGAAUUGCUAUAUUAAUAAAUUCUUAGAUGAUACCACACUGGUAACCUUGUUGCAGGGACAUAAGCAAGAUCAUGGCCAUGCAUUAUCAAAUUUUGUACACUGGUGUGAUGAGAACUUUCUGAAAUUAAAUGUAAGACAAAAGAGAUGAUAAUAAACUUCAGAAAAAUUAAAGAUGGUGCUGUUGUUUCCAGCAUAAUACAUGACAAAUCUGCUGAGAUUGUACCUUAGGCACUGUUUUUCAUUGCCAGCUUAAGUGGGAUGUAAACAAUAAACAUAUUUAAAAAGUGGCCAGCAAAGACUGUGCCUCUUCUUCACAAGCUAAAUAGUGUUUUUAUUCAACAAUGUAAUUUUAAGGUACUAUGAUGAUGGUCACAUAAAACUUUAGAAAAUUGUUGCAUGUUUUGGUUAUAAUAAUUUUCAUCCAUAUCAGGAUGUACACUUUGGAAAGAUUAAGAAGCAAUUUCAAAUUUUUUGCAUAUUAUUGUAGUAAAACUUGUCAUGAUGCUUCUACUUAUACACUAAGUGAAAAGUCUAAUGAGUACUUUUUCUUUACUUUCCUUUCCCCUCCAACCUAUCACGUAUGGGUCAACUUUAAAAAAAAAAAAAUCAUCAGUUUCCAACCAAAAUAUUCAGCAGUUGGUACACCUAGCUUUCAUGCUUUCAUCACCGGUAAAAUUAUCUCCCUUUCUUGCCACCAGAAAUGGUCAUUCAAGUGUAUUUUCAUAACAAAAAGUUCAUUACUUGAUGUCAGAAGGAAAAACAAUGUGAUGUCUGGUUUGACAUUGAAUGUCUUCAGCAGUCUGUAAAAGCUAGUUCAUUACUGAUGGGUCAUAACAGUGAUUAUGACUGCUGUUUCCACAGAAUGUUUCAUUGAAUGUAACAAAAAUAUAAGAAAUUCCCAAUGAAUUCAGCUUUCAUAAAAUGAAACUGCAUAACUAUUGACAGGUUAAGCAUUUUUACUGCCAGGAUUUGCUUCUGAGUUUGAGAGGUACAGUGCUUUCACCUCAAGAUGAUUCCAUGCAGUUUUGGGGGCUGGGGGAAUGCGGAGAGGGAUUAGGAAAGAUGAAGGAUUUGUGAUUACUGUUAAGACCUGGAAGCAGUUGUUAUUAUGCUCUUAGGGAUCAGAAGACCUGCCAAGUCUGCAAUGGUGGUGUACUACAUUGGUUGCCAGAUCCCUCAUGUUGCACUGCUUUUAUACUAUCAUUUAGUUUUUGAUACCACAAAUAUUUAUACUGUUUAUAAUGUAAUUUAAUUUCUAUUUUGCUCUGUUACUUUAUCAUUUUAAAAAUUCAUUGGUUUAUGAGUUUUGUUUAGUUAAAAUUGUUCAAUGAAGACCAUAUCUUGACUAUUGUUUGCAUAAUUAACCUCUUUUUAUAUAAUGAAUAUUAUCUUAAAGUUUUUAGAAUUUGAUUAUAUGUAUGGUUUAUCUGUAUCCAGACAUUUAAUUGUUGUAAUCAAUUACAAAAAAUUUUUGAGUCCACUUUGUACUCCUUUUAUGCUAUUAAAACUGAUUCUUUAAGUCUAGAUGGAUGGUUUGCAAAACAUCUUUACAGUAAAAAAAACAUUAUUUUCCUUCGAACAUAGCAGAUUUAUAUACAAAAUGUGUAUUUUUUAGAGUACCUCCUUUUCACACUCACAAUGACAAAACAUUCUGAAUCAUAAUUUAUGUGUUGUAUCUGCUUUUUGUUUAUAGGUAAUAAUCAUAUCUGUGUGAUUUGUGACCACAGUAAUGCUUUGAUGAAAUGGAUGAUCCAAAUAUCAAAAACUGUGGCAUGACAUAUAUAAACACUUUUUUGACAUAUCUUGCUUCCUUUAUGAUUAUAAAUUAGAGAAUAUUCAGAUGGUAUGUACUAUUUAAAGAAGUGUCUAUUUAUUUAAUUUUAUGUGUUUCUAAUCUUCUUGUGAUUUUUUUUUAAACAGAAAAAAAUUGAUACAGUUUUAAAAGUUAUCAUUAGUGUAAGGUUAAUGUUGAGAAUGUGCUUGCUUAUCUCUUCUACAUCAUUCUGCAUAUGAACAUACAUGUGCAUGCACACACACACAUAUAUCAACAAUUACAUACCAAGCACUGCACACAACAAACAAACAAACAAAAAAAAAAAAAAAAAAAAAAAAAAAAAAAGAAA